CACUCCCUCCUGCCCCUCGGUUAUUACCUUGGUAUGUGCUUUGCUGCACCUGAAAAACAUCUUUGUUUUUUCUACCUGGCUUCAAAAGGAUGGAAAACUUUCUUCUUUUUCGCUGUUCUCUUUCCAGCAGUCACCAGUGCCCUGGCAUAUUACUGGUCACGGAAAGGCUGGAAUAAUCAUCCAUUAGCCCGUACACUUGCUGUUCAUGCUCUCCCACAGUCAGGUUGGAAGGCAGUAGCUUCUUCCAUCAAUACAGAAUUUAGGAGAAUUGACAAAUUUGCUACCGGAGCCCCAGGUGCAAGGGUGAUUGUUACGGACACGUGGGUGAUUAAAGUGACCACCUACUGUUUGCACGUUGCGCAGCAGCAGGACAUUCGUUUGACGGUGACUGACUCCAGACAGCAUGAACUCACCCCAGACUCAAAUAUGCCUGUGCAGUUCCUCACCAUCCGCGUUACCAGUAAUAAUCCCUACGUGAAGGCAUUUGAUAUCCGGUUGAACUCCACAGAGUAUGGGGAGCUCCGAGAAAAGCUCCGUGCUCCCAUCAGCAAUGCAGCUAAUGUUGUGAUCCAUCAAAGCCUUAGUGAUUUAUUUCUCGAAACCUUUACAUCUCUGGUGGAAAUUAACCAGUCAUAUUCUGUUCCAAGCACUCAGGAGCUGGAGCCAUGCAUAGGGUGUAUGCAGACUAUCGCUAACAUCAAGCUCAUCAAGAACUGCCAGGAGCCAAACGAAGGGGAAUGCCAGCAAUGCUACUGUCGUCCCAUGUGGUGCCUCACCUGCAUGGGCAAAUGGUUUGCCAGCCGGCAGGAUCAGCAGCACCCAGAGACCUGGCUGUCAAGCCAAGUGCCUUGUCCGACUUGCAGAGCCAAAUUUUGCAUUUUAGAUGUUUGCAUAAUACGAUGAAUAAUACUUGGGUAUGUUUUAACUUUUUAAAUUUUAAUGUAUUUCAUAACAGAUUUGGUUAAAAGGCCUGUUUGAUUUGUUUGAGACUUCACAUUCUACAGUGGUGCAAAUGCCAAAGCUUUCUUUUACACUGUUGAAAACAGAUGUAAAUCUUUUCAGUUCCUCUCUGCUUUUGCCAGUAUCUUUGUUUUUUAUUCACCAGAUGUCAGUUUCCAGAAUUUUUUUUUUUAGCCCAUAUUUUGCAUUCUUAUGUUUUGGAUGGAAUAAGGGUAUCCCUCUAUAUCUGCAGUACUAUUCUGUUUUCAAGUUUUAAUGUAGGUUAAAUUAUUUAAAUUUUUAAAUUUGACUUGGAUUUUGAUUCUUUACUAAAGGGCUAACUGA